UUGUAUCCGUCAGAAUUUCAGGAAGAGUUCGAUAACAAAUAUGGUUAUCACACAGAAGAUGCUGGAUUACUCUUACAGGGAAAGAAAGUAUUCCGAAAAUGUACACAGCCUUGUGCAAGUGUCAACAAACUAUUUGGAACUUUGCUUGGAUUCAUACCGAUUGUAAAAUGGUUACCGAAAUAUAAUUUGAAAGCAUAUCUUUUGCGGGAUAUCAUUGGUGGUUUCACCACAGGAGUUAUGCAUGUUCCGCAAGGAAUCGCCUAUUCAGUACUAUCAGGCGUUGCGCCAGUUUAUGGUCUCUACUCGUCAUUUUUUCCAGCUCUAUUUUAUAUGAUAUUCGGUACUUCAAGACAUACAUCUAUAGGCUCUUUUGCCGUCGUUGCAUUAAUGUCAGGCAUUGCCAAUGACCAAAUUAUGUCCACAUACAGUACACCAUCAACUAAUUCUACUGUGUCGUCCACUCAGACCGUUGAAUUAACACCGAUUAUUGUCGCCCAAGCUCUGACAUUCACCUUAGGAAUUAUUCAAUUCGCUACUGGUCUUCUACGACUGGAAUUUGUUACGACAUAUUUUUCGGACCAGCUGGUUGCCGGUUUCACCACCGGCUCAGCAUGUCACGUUUUUGCCGCACAAAUCGACGAUGUUCUAGGUGUGAAUGUGCCUAAAGUGAGCGGGCCUGGUUAUUUAUUUCGGCGUUUCUACGACAUCCUUCUGCAAAUACCACAUGCGAAUGUGUGCACGGUUAUUACAUCGGCUAUUGGCAUUCUAUUUUUGUAUGUUGGGAAAGAUUUCAUAAGUCCAUUCGUCAAUAAACGUUUGAAAAUGAAGAUACCAAUCCCUUAUGAACUGAUCUUGGUGAGUUCAUUUUGA